GCGACCCACGCGACCCGAAUGAGGACGGAUGGCGGCGUGCUCCCGAAGGCAAGCUCGGGAAUACCGUCCUUCAUGCUGUGGGAGAACGAGUGUGUGUGCAUAUGUAGCAAUCACAUCAUGCACCCAUGCUUGAUGCAAUGUAGAGCGUCACGACGUGAGUCACGAAGAAGGCGUUCGUCGUCACCCAAGCGACACCACCUCUCUAGCUCGGAUGUAAUGCAAUGGUAAUUGGCGCAAGGUCGGUGGGAAGGAUCUAUGAAGCACGGCCAUGUCAUUCAGGCCUGUUAUCCCCAUCAACUGCGGCGCCCACAUUCCUGAAGAUCGUCCCUAAGUCUUCCCCCCUCAAGUAUUCCUUCACAUGACGUACAUAGGGCUAUAUACAUGUAUGAAUGGACGAAAUCAUCGUUGGGGCGAGUCGAAAUGGCCGUCGACCGAUGCCGAUACGCCCGUUGAGGACUUGUGGCGCUGGUGGACUAGAAUUCACAGAACGGAUCCUUGCCGUUGUACACUGGAACGGGCGCCUCUUCGUUCGAGUCCGGGUACGGGUCAAAGUUGGACGUGUCGUUGGGAGUGACGACCUUGGGAAUGAUGGGGGCAGUGCCCUUUCGCGCCAAAAUCGCUUCCCAGUCGCAGCCCGAGAAGAACUUGUGUUUCUUGAUGUCAUCCACGCCGUUCUUGAGGCAGCCGUAACGCUUCGUCAAGUCGGCCGUGAGCAAUCGCUUAAUAAGCGCUUUCGCGUUGCGGUCAAAGUACCGCGGGAAGUUAAUCUUGCCGGACAGGAUCUGCUGAUAGAUGCCCAUAGGGUCGUCGUCGCAGAACGGCGGCUGCCCGGCGAGCAUUUCAAAGAUCAGGAUGCCGAGGGUCCACCAGUCGACGCCUUUGCCGUGCCCCUUGUUCAGCAGGACUUCGGGUGCAAUGUAUUCGGGUGUUCCGCACAACGUCAACAAGUUCUCCGGCUUCAAGUCGCGAACUUGGUCGUGUUGAAGUCGAACCGUCCUGCUUUGCGCAAAUGCGUGAAGAAUUCGCCGCCGAUCACGUAUUCCAGCACCAUGUACAAGCAACGUGUGUCUUGGAACGUGCCCGCCAGGUUGACAAUGAAAGGGUGAUCCAAACACAUCAAGAUCGUCUUCUCAGAUAUCAUGUGUUCCACCUACAACAG